AUGUGUAUUUGGAAUUGUUUACGUGUGUGUGACUUUGUGCCAUGGAACUUGGAGAGCUUUGGCCAUGGAACUUAUGUUGGCAAAGUUCUUCACGUUCUCCUGGCGCUGGUCAAUCAGCGCAGUGCUGCUGCUGCUUAUCUCAUGCCUGACCUCAUUCGUCUCCUUGAUCCGAAUGGAGAAGGAAAAGUGACUUGGUCUGUCAGUGAUGAUACACUGUGGGCAAAGUUUAGUAAAGUUAAACUACAAAGUGUGAGUGAUCAGCAAGUUACAAAGCUGAAAAGUAGUGGUGUAUUCGGCGUUGUGAAUAAAUCGAGAAAUACGACAAAGGACAUGGCGACUCCUUUACAACAUUUUAUGAAAGUGAAGGAGAUGAACGCCAUGCAUCCGAAGAAUUUGGUAGAGUGUAAUAAUGCUGGUGAUCCUCCCGUACUUCCUCCUGUUCAAGCGCAAUCAUCAUCAUGCACUUCUGUGAAGUUGACACCAAAUGAAAUCGAGAAGUACAGGAAUGAUUUCUGGGAGAAGCUACUACAACUUGAAGCAGAAGGUGUAAUGGAGGAAUUGCCUUACAUAACAGAACUACACAUUGAGGAACCUGAGGAAGUUGUCAAAAGGUACAAGGUGGAUCUUUCUGUAAUGCACGGAAACCGACUCCCACUUUUGCUGACUUCAUUGAAAGGAAGAACGUGGUUCCCAGGGAUAAUGGAUCUUUCUGUAAUGCACGGAAACCAACUCCCACUUUUGCUGACUUCAUUGAAAGGAAGAACGUGGUUCCCAGGGAUAACGUCACCAUUCUACUUCUUGGGAGCCAGGGGUACAGCAUUUGCCAUGCAUUCUGAAGACAUGGACUUGGUUUUGAUAAACCUAAGCCUCGGAGGUUACCCAAAAAUUUGGUACGGGAUUCCAAUGGAACACUUGGCGCAGUACAAAGCAGUACUGAAACUUCAUCUUGGUGCAGGUGCUUGUGAUGUGCCAGCAAGACACAAGCACUUCUUAUUUGCGGAGGGUUUCCUGCACAAAUACGGGAUCAAACCUGUAAUUGCUGUCCAGGAACCUUGGGAAAUGAUAGUAACAUUUCCUAAGGGACAUCAUGGUGGCUUCAACACAGGUUUCAACUGGAAUGUUGCCGUAAACUUUGCCCCUGAAUUUUGGAUUGAUUAUGGAAUAGCAGCUGUGAACUGCUCUUGUGACAUGACACAGCCCGACGUCUCAGAGGCUGCAACCCUCCUCUAUGAGCAGGGCCAAACUACAUUUCACGAACUCGCGGCCAGUCUCCGGGCCCAGUUCAACAAAUCGCGUUUUGAUUACCUUCAACGUUUCCAAUCUCUGGUUCCGCACGCCAAUGAAACAUACGUGAAUUACGGUUGCCGACUCCGCGAAGCAUACCUGAAAUACCUACCCGCUCCACCUGGGAAUCUCCCCGCACAAGAAGCGCUCAUCACGCACGCGCUUAUCGGCCAAUUCCUCACGACUAUUCAAGGGGCAAUCGCGUCCCACAUGCAAGGCCGGGCUCUUGCAGAACCCAACGUCACUUGGAAGCAGUUUUGUACUUACGCGGACGAGUUCCGCCUCACCCAUCCCCAUGCUUGGGUCAUCAUAAAUCGCGGACCGACGGCUAACCAGCCUAUCCGCAAACCCAACGCUCAACGUCCAUCAAGCGCCUCCGGAGCUUCCUCAUCCUCCGGUUCCACCGAUCGCCGAAUGCAUUUCUGCAUCCAUCACGACAGAAUGGCAGCCCACACUUCGGAAGAGUGCUCGAUUCACACGGGACAGCCCCCGCCUGCCCACUUCUGCGAGAAACACCAAAAAUCACGUGGCCGCCAAUUGCACGGCGCCGGGAAACGGGACUCGCGGGCAGUGACGGCAGUUCUCUGUACCGUGCCAACCCCACAAGCCGCCCAGGACCGCAUAACCCUUCUCAUCUCCAUCAAGGACCAGAAAUGCACCGCCCUCAUCGACACGGGCGCUUCCAAGUCAUUCAUCGCGGCAGAGGUCGCCCAAUCGCUCCAGCUCCCUACGAACCCCGUAGCAGCAUCAAUCGCAGUGGCCGUCACCAACAUCUCGCUGCUGCUCAACCAAUCGGUAAGAGAACAUCUCUACAGGGAACGCUCACCCAGUCUCAGCUCCGGACCCACCGCCAGUCCCGCAACCGACUCAGCUCCCUCCGCCACCCAAGAAAUGGACCUCGACUGCGACGACGACAGCCUCCUCGCCGCCGAAGACGCUCUGUACCUCGAAGAAUCGGGCGGCCUCACCGCCAUCGACCUUUUCGACGAAGAAGCCCUCCUUGCCGACCCGCCCGGAGCAGAAGAAGACGUCACCUCUACUUAA